AUGGACGCCUCCUCCCUCCGCAUCUCCAAGUUCGAUGGAACUAACUUCCACGCCUGGAAGUUCAAGAUGCAGAUGGUGCUGGAGGAACGGGACCUAUGGGAGGUCGUCAGCGGUGAGAUCAAGGCGGAACAGUGCGAGACUCAGUUGGACCAAGCGACGUACAAGAGGAAGUCAAGAAAGGCGAUGGCAGUGAUCUGUCUAGCCAUGGAAGAUUCCCAGCUACCGUUGGUCCGGUCGGCAAGUGGUGCAUGCGACGCAUGGUCAAGGUUGGAAGACCACUUCGAGAAGAAGAGUCUUGCCAACAAGCUGUUCUUGCGCCGUCGCUUCUUCACGACAAUGAUGGAAGAAGGCGACGAUGUGCUCGAACACAUCAACAAGCUCAAGACGCUGGCGGAACAGCUAGAAGCGGUGGGGGAUCCAGUCUGCGAGGACGAUCUGGUGAUCACACUCCUCGGCAGCCUGAGUGACUCGUAUCAAUUCUUGAUCACAGCUUUGGAGUCGCGCUCAGACACUCUUAGCUGGGAGCUCGUGACGUCUCGACUGCUUCAUGAAGAAAUGAAGCGGAAGGAGCAAGGAAGUAAAGGUGAUGAAGCUUCGCAAGGUCAAGCGUUCAUCACAAGGGACAAUCAGUGCAAAGGGCGACCAGUGAAGAAGUCCUGGCCGUGCCACAAUUGCGGAAAGAUUGGUCACUGGAUGGCGGAGUGCCCCUCGCGCAUCCAAGAAAACACGGAGAGACACCGGCCACAGCGUGCUCAAGACAGCGGCGACCGCUAUCGAUCACAACGUGCAAACGUCGCUCAAGAAGAAGACUCGGGCGACUACCUCUUUUCGAUCGGUGAAACGACAUCUGCGAAAUCGAGCGACAUCUGGCUGGUCGACUCCGGGGCGACGCAGCACAUGACGUGCUCCAAGAAGUUCAUGCGGAACUACAAGGGGUUUGACGCUGUGGAUGUCCAUCUCGCGGAUGAUGGAAUCGUCCAAGCAAUCGGCAGUGGGGACAUUGUCAUGUCGAUGAAGACACCCCAAGGGAUGAAGAAAGGUGUGCUCACAAACGUGUGGCACAUCCCAAAGUUAUCCAGAAACCUGUUCUCGGUCGGCCGCUUCACCAAGGAUGUCAGCCCAGUGACGUUCACGAAGGAUGGGUGCUAUGGAGAAGCGAAAGGGACCAAGUGGAAAAUUGGUGCCCGUGAAGGUAAAGGACUGUUCAAGCUGCAAAUGACUCCAGUGGCGCCGGAACAAGCAAAUGCAGCCAAGUCGUCGGGAUGUCAAGGGGGCACCAAGUCGUACCUCUGGCACCUUCGGCUUGGCCACAUAGGUCACGAUGGACUCAAUUGCAUCGUGACGAAGAACAUUGGAAUUGGCAUCGACAUAUCUUCGGUGAAGAAGUGGGACGUGUGUGAAGGUUGUGCUCUGGGAAAACAGACUCGAGUGCGCUUCCAAUCAAACACUACAGCUCGCACCUCCAAACUCCUCGAAGUGAUUCACAGCGACGUAUGCGGACCGAUGUCGAUGGCAACUUUCAGUGGAAAACGGUACUUCGUGACAUUCAUUGAUGACAAGUCAAGAUACUGUGUCGUCUAUCUGCUCAAGAGCAAAUCUGAAGUUGCGGCGAAGUUCAUGGAAUACGCUGCGAUGGCCGAAACGCAAACCGGAAAGCGCGUGAAGUACCUUCAAAGCGACAAUGGGGGUGAAUACAAGUCCGACAAGCUGGCACGAUUCUGCGCGGAACGGGGAAUACAACAAAGGUUCACACCCCCAUAUACUCCUCAGCUAAACGGAGUAGCUGAGAGAAUGAAUCGCACGCUGGUCGAGUGUGCGCGUUGCAUGAUGGAACACGCUGGACUGGGAAAGAGCUACUGGGGUGAAGCAGUGAUGACGGCGAUGUUUCUUCGAAACCGCUGUCCAACACGUGCCAUUCACCAAGACAAGUCUCCAUAUCAAGUGUGGACGAUGAAGAAACCGAUUCUGACCAACCUUAAAGUGUUUGGAUGCCACGCGUAUGUUCAAGUGCCUCAAGACAAACGCGCGAAGUUCGACUCCAAGUCAUCACUCUGUCGUUUCCUGGGAUACGCCGAACACCAGAAGUCAUAUCGAUUUGAGGAAGUGUCAACAGGAGCGAUCAAGAUCAGUCGCGAUGCCACAUUCAUGGAAGACAAGUUUGAUGAAGGUCCGCGCAACUACAACGAUGAGUCAAGUGUCGUUGAGUUUGAUGAUCAUGAUGAGGACGAAGAAAAAGAAGAAGGUAAAACUGACGACGACAUGGACUCGAGCGACGAUGACAACGAAGACACCAGGUCUUCGAAGAGCAACAUCAAGAGACACACGCGCACUCAAUCACUUGAGAAAGCUACCGUCAUUCCAAGUCCCAAGCGAAGAACAUACAGAGGUCCGUCGCUUGAGCAUGUGUCAGCGGCUGCAAUGGAUUUUGAAGCAGCCUACAUCGUUGAUUCAGUGGGGGAAACGCCGACUACAUUCAAGUCGGCGAUGGAAUCAAGCGACUCCGGCAAGUGGAAAGAAGCGUGUGACUCGGAGUUCGACUCGCUUCAGAGAAACGACACGUAG